UCGCCCUGUCCCUCGUUCCAGUGGCUACGAACCUGGUGCGCCCAAUUUAUCAGACUCGAGUCUGCGCCGAUCGUGCAAGUGGACAUUGAUGAUACUUCCCAGCACCGGAACAUUCUCAUGAUCUGGGAGGUUCUUCCGCCUUCCUACACAUGCACAAUCACGAACAAUGUCCCUGCGCGAGUCCAAAGCAUUCGAGAUCGCGACGCGCGUCAGUACUGUCGUCGGCGAUGCGCUCGUGCUGCUCGCAACUUGGCGCGUCACGUACGGCGUCAAGCGGAUGUCGCACCUCACCAAGUCGGACAUUCCCCUCACGCUGCUCCUCCUGCGAGACGGAACGCUUUACUUUGGCUCUUUGCUCGUCCUAAACAUCUUCAGCGCGGUCUGUUGGGCCAAGAUACCCGCAAUCCAAGAUUUUGACAAUUUUAUAUACUCGUUCACCACACUCCUUCUCUCGCGACUCUUCUUCAAUCUCCGCGAAGUCUCUCUCCUGCAGAGCACCCUCCGCGCGGACCAAGCUUCCGGGGACGCUGAUAUGCAUACUCUAUCCUGGGAGCCCGCUGAGCGUGCGGGUGUCUCCCAGGGCCCAUCGGCGCUGCAGUUUUGGUCAUAUUCGACGGCGUUCGGUUCGCUGGGAGGCUCGCUGGCCUUCACGGACGAGGAGCAAGCGGCCUCGACGACAACGAAGGAGAAGAAUGCUGGGAUGCCGAGAGAUUUCGCCGACUAUGACGGGACGUCGAACUCGGACUCGAGCCCAGCGUUGGCCUCGGGGAAAGAUGAAGAGGGUGCCAGUGGAGAUGUAGAGAUGGCAGUGCUAGAGACAUGGCCUUCCUGACGUGAGUCUCAGACUAUUGUAGACUGGCCGCUUCGGGGCGUCGAGCCGUGAUAGGAUGUAUUCACAUGUUGUCCGCGUCUCGACGCUGUGAGCCAUUUGGUACGUAGUCCUAUCAGCUAAUGCUCGGUCGAAGCGAAAAUUUCAG